AAUUAAUCAGAAAAUGGAUCUCUUUGGAUUGGUGUAGACAGCUGUUGAUUUGGCUAAAGCACACGAAGAAAAUGGUGAAGAGGUCAAAUUCUUUAGACUUAAAUUGUCAUCUCUCUAAGAAUAAUUAUAGAAAUUAGAAUAGAAGGAUUUCCAGUAAUGGUUUGCGUAUAUUGUAGAAUCAAUGUCCAAUUGCAAGGCUAGAUUAAAAAGGAAUUGACAGAGUCUUCUCAAUUACUCUCCAAAUUACCAGAACGCAGCUCAUAGUAUUAAUUUAAUAUAAAAUAUAGUAUUAAUACAAUUCUUUCCAAAUUGCCUUUUGGGAGUGUUUACAAUGAUAUCAAAGAUAAAUCAUAGGCUUUAGAUCGACUUAGUCUGCAAUUGAACAAUCAUUUAAUAACAAGUUUGGCUCUUGCUUAGACGAGUGUGGCUGAGAAAUAAGCGAAUGUUACAACCCAUGUAGAGGAAACUUAGAUUGAUGAUGAUCAGAUAGUUCAAAGUAAGAGAAAAAUAAAAAUUAGGUAAUCAAUCCCAAGGAAAGAUCUAAUUAAAGUUGAUUGCAGAGGACCACAUUAAACAAUAGUUUAGAAUGAAUAUCAUAAAUACAAUAGAAGUGAUUGAGUUAAAAUUUGGCAAUAAAGAUAUCAAUGAGCUGGAAGUGUUUAAAUUUGGCAGAGAAUAUUAUAGAAAAUUGUAGAUGGAAGUUUAGCAGGUGUAAACUAUUUCUAGAGAACAUGCAGUUAUAACAUGCAUUAGAAAAUAAAAAUAAAAAUUUGAUAGCGAUAAUUUCGAAGUACCAUAAAAAAAAAUUAAAAUUGAUAAACCAACUGAAUAACAUUAACCUUAAUAACAAGAGUAUAUAUCAAUCUUAUUUUAGAAUAUUUUACACCUGCAUUGAUAAUUCUUAAUAAUAAGAAGAAGCAAAGCCAGGCGAUGAGAAUAAUAACUAUGAAUACAUUUUUAAGUUAUAAAAUAAAAGCCCAAAUGGAAUAUUUAUUUAUAGAGAUGAGGAAUAGACCAAAAAUAAUGAUGAGGUAACAAUUAAAUCAAUUUAUUAGAUUAUUCUUGGUACUUGGACAAGGAUUGUAAACAACAAAACUAUUGUUUUGAAAUCAAAAGAUAAAAUUGCAAUAUUAAUGAAAAAACCAGAAUAUAAGUAACCUUUAAUUGCAUAUGAAUUCAUUAUGCUAUUGUGA